AUGCUCUUGAAAAAGCCUGCUAUCGCGCUGUGUUCCAGCGGCAGCCUCUCGUCGGCUCUGUCUCUCCCCACAGCUGCAUCCAUAACGUCAUCGACUGGUCCUUCCUCACCAUCGACAUCGACAGCAAUACAAUCCACGCCCCAUUUCCAACCACCACGCAGGAAAAGACUAUCGAUACCGAGCCAAUGGCGCUCAUCACGGUCGUACGCCACCGUCCGAGACGAACCCCGCCGCGACGAUGAUGACCCGGCAUCUCCGACUUGGCCAAAGUGCAAGAACCCGACCCCCUACGAGAUCUUCGACCAGGCCAAGUCCACCCCCUACAGCAAGAAGACCUUCUACCAGCUGGUGAAGCUCUACCACCCAGACCGCCACGCAUUCACCUCCAACCUCAACGGGGCCAUCACCCAGAAGGCAAAGCUGGAGCGCUACCGCCUCGUCGUCGCCGCCAACGACAUCCUCUCGGACCCGACCAAGCGCCGCGCCUAUGACCUCUACGGCGCGGGCUGGGGCGGCACUUCCAAUAUGUCCAAUACGGCCUACCGCGAGGCCGACCGCGCCUGGCGCGCGCAGACCGGCACUGCCGCCCACAACGCCACCUGGGAGGACUGGGAGCGCUGGCACUGGGAGAACAAUAGCCGCCGGGAUGGCGCGGCUGGCAAAUCGGAGCCGCGUUAUAUGAGCCACGGGAUGUUUGUCAUGACCAUCUGUGUCUUCGUGUUGCUUGGUGGCUGGGGCCAGGCCACGAGGGCUGGGUCCCAUGGCAUGUACCUCGUUGAGAUGCAGGAGAAGAAGGAUAACCACAUCAGCGAGGAGAUGUGGAGGCGGAGGAAGGAGAAGGCCAUGCUUACCAGGGAGGACCGGGUUGAGAACUUCCUGAGGUCAAGGGAGGGUUGGGACACUGUGGUCAAUGAUUCGCAUUUGCCCAAGGAUUGA